GUUCGAGCAUCGUCGAGCCGCGGACUCACACGUGAUAUUGCCGUGCGGGAGUGCGCGCCUCGUUUUAGACGCGCGGCGACAUUAGACUUCCUGUUGGUCGCCUGCCGCCCGAGCGGAGCGAAGCGUCGGGGCGAUAACACGCGCGGACCGCUGGAAAAACGUCGCGAGAUGCGGCUCUCCUCGAGAGAGGUAACUCUCCGUGUCCUUGUUUUUAAAUCGCUCGCUCGGCGAGUAGUUUCGAGUCGUACGGAGUCACUCGUCGUUUUAAGAAAUUAGAAAGACGUGUUAUUGCAAUAUUGAUGCAAUAUUGAUAACGCUACCAAUUGUGCAAUUGUUGAGAAUGUUCUCUUAAAGAGAGUUUCUUUUGAUUUUUUUAAGCAUUGCGCAUAAUAAUAUUAUGCGCGGAGAUCUCUGUGCUCUUGGACACAGAUAUAUCCUAAAAUCGUUUCGUAAGAGAACAGCUUUCAAGGAUCAAAGAUAAUUUGUCCAGCGGUGAUUUGACACGUUGUCGAGGACACGAUAUGGCGGUCGACAUUUUGGACAAGGAUCAUCUCGCCGUGAGCGCGAUCGUGACCGUCGGUAUGCAGCUCAUUUUCUUCACGAUAGCGGCCACCUUCCAGUUGGAUAAACUGACAGACUUUGCCGGCGGCACCAACUUUAUCAUCCUCGCCCUCCUCACUUUCUUUCUCGGUCAAGUGGGCAAGACAUACGACAACCGACAAGUUAUGGUAACUGUGUUUGUGUGCCUGUGGGGUGUACGGCUUUCCGGAUACCUCUUAUAUAGAAUAAUCAAGAUUGGUCGUGACAAAAGAUUCGAUGACCGUCGUAGCAACGUGAUUCGUUUCGCCGUAUUCUGGACAUUUCAGGCGGUGUGGGUGUACGUUGUCAGUCUGCCUGUGAUAAUAAUCAAUUCUCCACGUCACAAAAUACCGCCCGCUCCGAAGACAAUGACCACACUUGACAGUGCCGGUACGGGUCUCUUUUUUAUUGGUUUACUGGCCGAAACCUACGCCGACCUGCAAAAAUUUGCCUUCAAACAGGAUCCAGUCAAUAAUGGCAAAUGGUGUAACGAUGGACUUUGGAGGCUCUCACGGCAUCCAAAUUAUUUCGGCGAAAUCGUUGUCUGGUGGGGGAUCUUCAUAAUAUCCUUAAACGUUAUUGAAGGAGUGGAGUGGGUAGCUAUCGCUUCCCCGAUCUUCACAACGUUUAUUAUUUUGUUCCUAUCGGGGAUGCCAUUAUUGGAAAGAGCGUCAGAUGAGCGUUACCGGGAUAAUGCGGAAUAUCGCUACUACAAGCAGUCCACGUCACCGCUGAUACCGAUACCACCGGCUAUCUACGUCGAAGUGCCACGUUUCCUCAAGUUCAUCUUGUGUUGUGAAUUUCCCCUGUACGACUCCUUGGAUGUGAGACCACGAUCGGCCGUCACCGAAUCAACGUCCAUCAGCCUUGCCGCGUCCACGUAGCUAUAGCCACACGCCGGACGUUCAACUUCCGAGUCCGGCGUGCAAUUGACGGCUACGACAGCUACGACCAGCACAGCCUUCUAAGUGUUACUUCACCUCUCAGUGGCCCCCGUCUGUCCGGGAAAUACUAUCUCGACGACCAAAUCAUAUAAUUUCCAAUGUCCUCUUGAAUCGAUAUUGGUAUUUCAUAAAAGACGUAUUUCGUACGCAAAUCUGCUUGAUCAAGCACAACAAAUUUGAUAUGCGGGCACUGUUUCGGAUAGGUCACUCUACAAGAUGGAAAGGCUUAAGACAAAGUAUUAUUAUUUUUGUAACGAAAAGUCCUUUUUGGCGAGAAGCGUAAACGGUACCGGCGACUUUUUGUAUAGGAUCGAACAGUGAAUGCGAGAAAAAGAAAUAAUUAUUUUUGUAGCGAUGUUAUAUGGAUAUCAAUAUAAAAAAAAAAAAUAGUUUGUUGACCAAUUUGCAAGCAUCGUUCCUAUACGACAAGUCAUCAAUAGUGAUUUCAUUAGCAGUUUGAUAGCGAUUUCGUUUCAUUGCACGUAUUUAAUUUAAUUUCUUGAUUUAAAUAUAGAAUUGACUUAGAGAUCAAUAUAUGAUAAUUUAUACAUUCAAAGUAAUAUUUAGAUUUUAAGAGAAAAGCCGUAUAAAAAGUGUAUCUUGAAUUGUAUAAAUGAAUAAUAUUAUAUUGUUCUAAAAGUGUAGUUCUUGCCAAAGUAAAUUAGGCUGUCGUUAUCCAUGUUUGUCGUUAAUAAAAAAUAUGUGUCAAAUAUUAUAGAAACAAAAUUUGAAGAGAUUCGAAUGUACAUGACAUGUAUUGGAUAAAACGACAUAGUACGUUUUUAAAACUAAUAGUAAUUUCUGAAAUCAAUCUGUAUGCGAUCGAAAAAGAUUUGAUAUUGUAUGCAUUUGUUAAAGACAAAAUAAUUGGCAGAAACAGAGAAUGAAAUGAGAAAAAGAAUUAUAUGUAUAGUAUAUCUUAAUUCUUGCAACUAGUUACGAGAAAUAAGCAAUAUUUAUCGCCAAAGACACAUCAAUAGUGAAAUGUAAUAAAAUUAUCAGUUAUCUCGUCAUGAUCGCUAUCCAUUCCAUUUUUUAAUUCAUUAUAUAGGAUGCUUGCGAAGAGAAAUUUUAGACGCAAUACAAAUGUGAUACAUUUACAUGUAUGAUUCUUGUCCUGUGGCUUUCAAUUGAAUUAUUGAAUUGUAGCAAUAUUAAACAUAUCUCUGUACGAAAUAGAACGUCCUUAAAAUAUGAGAUAUCUGAAAAAAAAAAAUUAUAAACGAAUCUAUAAAACAUAUAUAGAAAUAGUGAAAAUUGAUGCGAAUGGAACGCGGAUCCCUUACGAAUAAAUGAUUCAAAUGUUAUUUCUCUCUACUUCACUGUUAUGUAAGAAUCUUCAAAGUUUAGAUAAUAAAUAGUGUAUCUAAUAAUAGAUAAUGAUUAAUUCUCCUGAUUUAUACUUAUUGACUGUAUGUAGACCUUCCUUUCAACAUUAUGUAUUGUACAAUAUGGUGACAUGAAACACAAAUUAUAUCAAUAUAUAUAAUGUCGUUUAAGUAAAGAGAGAUUGGACAAUGGAUCGCGCAAUAAACAUUGGCAAAUUUCGUAAAUUUCACUUUAUAUUUAUAAACACAUUUUAUUUGUUCGUAUGUAUAUCGUUAAUAAAUGGUGAUAUAAUAAUGACAAUGAAAUGUAUAGCGCCGAGCAUAAAACGAGCAGUCAUAUUAUAAUUAUUAAUAUUCCUCUUAUAAUAAUCUUACUGUAUUGGGUGGGCCUAUAUAUCUACUGUGCUUGCAACGUUAUGGUCUUGUCCAAAUGUUUCUUUCAUUCUCUAAUUUAUAUUAUUUAUACGUACGUAAUAAUCCAUAAUAAUAUGUAACCACAGGUGAAAACAUAUGCGUCGUUCUAUAGGUAUAAACAGCAUCAUCCACUAAUCUUUUUUCCAUUUUUUCCUUUACGCGUGUGUAUAUAUGUGUAUAUGUGUGUGUGUGUGUGUGUAUGCUUGAUCAUAAUCGUUAUUAAUAUAAUAUAGUAAGUUACUUAAAUUGUAAUAUAUCUUCGUGUCUUCGUGGAAUAUGUUCAGCUGCCGUAGAAAAACUACUGCAGCUGCUACACAUUUUGUUCGUAGAAAAACUUCAAUUCCCAUUAUACAUCAAAUGUCGAUUUUCGAUGCGUGAAAGACACUUUGUAUUACGCAAGGAAAUUUCAUUAUCAUUUCUUAACACGUUCGAAAAAUCGUAUCAAUAAAAUACGUGGGCAGCACAGUGUUUUGAGUACCAAAGGAAAAGAGAUCAAAACAUUACCUGUGCCUCUUCGCUACAAGAGAGAAAGAAGAAAAAAAAAAAAAA